ACCUAUUGAGGGAGGCCUCUGCUUACGUCUGUGCUCCUGUAGCCUUUGCUCGUAUUAACAUCUGGCUGGGGUUGUACUGGAGAUUGAAUAUCACCUCUAUAUUGUGAUCUCUCCUCUGAGACCCAUGUAAGGCAGUUUCAGGAGGAACUCCUUCAGAUUAUGUGGAAAUUGAAGUGGCUCUGAAUCACUAGAGCCAGAAUUCCACAAGAAUUGUGGCCGGUGCCCAAACUGUUUCAGUGGUGCUUUAUUUCUCCUGUAUCUCCACCCUUUUACCCAUUUUUUAGAACUGGAAAUCCUUCCAUAUGUUUGUGUGUGCGUGUGUGCAUGUGUAUGUGUGUGGAUUGUAGUCAUUUUGUGUACACAUUUAUGGGUGAGUGUACUGUCUAGUGUGGGUGUGUGUGUAUGUAUGUGUGUGUGUGUGUGUGUCGUACCUGGGUUCUUGCCAUCAGGAUCCCAAGUACCGCCCACAAACACCAAUACACACACUACUGAACAUAGACAAGCAUGUCUACACCCUCCAGUGUGUGUGUUGUGUGUGUGUGUGUGUGUGUGUACAUUCAUAUCGGUGUUCGUAGUGUAAUGUGUGUGUGUCUGUGUGGUGUGUCUAUACAUAUACAUAUGGGUCUGGCAUGUGUAUGUGAUGUACUUUUUAUUCCUGAGGCCAUAUGGUUCCUGCUGAGGCCUGGUCACAGCCUGGUCUUCCUGCGGGCAGGGCAGCAAUAACACACCCUGCAGGACCCCACCGCCUGAGACGCCCUGCAGCCUGCUAUUUCAGGAAGCGCGAGCAUGUGGACCACGCACUGAUUAGGCAGUGACUACCUGUGUAAUAUUCCUGCUAGUGGAAACCAUGUAUGUGUGUGGGUUUGGGAAUGUGCUCGUGGGUGUAUGUUUGCUUGUGACUUUGUGUGCGUGUUACACACUUGAUUCCCUCGGGUUUUGGAGCCGUGACUAAGAAGCCAAGUGUCUCCCUCCCACUGACAGGCUGUGGCGGUUUGAGUGUUACACUCCUGCAGAUCAGUCAUAGCCAGUGUGUUGCAAUACCUUUGUGACAGGGCCACACAACUCUGGUCCUGCAGAGCAAGUGUGUGCGUUGGUUUUUGUUCCAACCGAUUACCUUAGUCUUAAUUUUCUGUCAACUCCAUAAACUACACUGGUUCACUGCAGUACUUUAGCACAGUACAAUCAUUGGGAUGCAGUUGCAUUCUGUGGCUGUAGCUGGUUAGAUAUGAUUAUGAUUGGGAGAAUUAAAAGCAAAAAUUGGCUCAAAAUCCAGAAAUGGGUUGGCCCUUGUGCACCCCUGCCUUAAGGGGUUUGAUAACUAUGGUGUCAAAUGUGACAAGCAAACACUCUACUCCACAACAUCUGAUGUUUUACGUCAUUACUUAUAGACCAGGAUAUCACAGGUUAAAUAUCUCACUCAAAGUCAAUUUUGGAGUAGUGACUGGUGAUCAUAUCGCAUUUCUCUUAGGCUGUUGGGAAAGAUUGCUGAUCUAGCGAGCCAUGAACACUUUGGGCUUACAAACGGGAAGAUCUCUGAUUUCUGUUCUUCUUUCAUAUUUUACUUUGAAGAAAACUUUCGAUGAGGGGUGUGGCCCACAGUCCAUCCCUCCCUCAGUGGGAGCUUCCCCGUAUUCUGUAUCCGGAAGGCUACCAAAAUGACCGCAUUGUAUCUCAUUGCUGUCCAAUCUCGAGCCUGGAGCGCUGUAUGUUGACUUUGCAAACUGCUUAUUGGGGAAAAUAAUGAUAAAAAGCACACCAAGAUGGACUAUUGAUAUAUAUAAUCUAUUUGGGUUAAACAUAUUUUAGUACUUUUUUCAUGAAAUAUUUUUCGUACAGCGUUUGCAUUACACCAGUUGGCCAGAACGUUCGGUCUUCGAGUCAUUACAGUAACGCAGUCCGUGCGCUGUGGUCAUUGGGAGAUUUAUGCGCGCUCUCUAAACACAAGCUGACUAGCGUAGAUCUGAACCAUACCAUUGGAGGUAUCCGUUUUGGAUGAAUGCGCUGUUCUUAGGAACUGGACAUGCAAUUCUGAUGGAAAUAAACGCAAGAAACCAGAUUCCACAACUAUACUGUGGCUGUAAACUGGCUGCCUGCACUCGCGUCAGAUGAGAGGACUUGGGGAGCGUUUGAGGACAAGCACAAAAUGCCAUUUUGUAAAAGGAUAAUUGUCCCUAAAGAUGUCUGUAAAGCUGACACGAAGAGGCAGCGAGUUAUCUUCUCGGAUCUGGUGGAUGUGUGUGAAUUUGCUCUGUGCUCCGUUCUCCGACAGCUUUCGGAUUUAUCCAGGCAGUCUGUCGGUAUCCUGGAGGAGCUGGAAGGGGAACUUGCAUCGGUGUGUCUUCGGUCCAGAACGUUGGAGAGCAAAGUUGUCAGUCUGCAAAAACACCUUUCGGUUCUGGUCACCAAGCGGCCACCACUGACUACCACCAACUUGGACUCUGAGAGCAAGAGAACGGGCCACUUUCGAUCGUCAUGGCAACAGCAUGUGAACGUGUUGGGCUCGUGGAGUAGGCCGGAGUGUGUGCAGGAGCUGCAUUGGGAAGCACAGCUCAAUCUGCAGAGACUGCUACAAGAGUUUGGCGAGCAGCUUAACGACGACACAGAGGCGCAGCGCCCGCGCUCCCAAAGCUCAGAGGGAACCCCGCAAAGUCGGGAUCGCACCGCCACCUUCCCCGAGGAAGGGCCAGACCCAGGCUGCCUGGUAAUAUCUGAGCAGGGGUGUGUGGAUCAGACUGCGUCGGUAGGGGUUUUGGGUCACGACUCGUCCGGCAGCUGUGCGGAACACCCCCGGGUGGGCCCCCCCAUCCCGGAGAAACCUCGCUGGCUCCUCAGACCCUUCACCCGAGCCCACCUGGUGUUCACAGACGCCACAGGUGAGGGUGUCCAGAUUAAGGGUGCCUCUCAGCCCAGGUUUUUAGCGCUGUGUCCAGAGCCUGCCGGUGGGUGUUUGCCACUGCGGAAGACGUACAGCGAUCUGGCCCACGGCGAGCCGCAGUCCUCCAGCGGCAGCUCGGAGAUGAUGGAGAACAUGGCGCUGAUGUGCUCCUCCUGGAACGGGCCCCGGGGCUCCACCUUCUGCCCCAACUGGGACAACUCCUUCAGCCCCUACCUGCUGAGCCCGGACCCCAUCACCAUGGCGAUCCCGCAGGUCAGAGCGGAGGGGCGGGCCCCGCGGUCCGACGGCGGCCACUACCGCGAGCGCUCCUUCUCCAUCCCCGCCGACUCCGGCUCCUUCUCCCCGGGGCGCCGCGUCAGUGGGGGGGCGCCGGAGGGGGAGGACCAGGCCCUGUCGUACCCCAGCAGCGGCUCUGAGCACGGCAGCAGCCCGGUCAGCACGGCCACCAGGGCGGCGACACCGAUGGCGCCGGCCGGGCCGGGGCGGGAGUGCUCCCGCAGCAUCUCGCUGAGGAAGCUGAAGAAGAAGCCCCUCCCCCCGGUGCGCAGCGUGUCUCUGGGCAAGACCGGGGGGGGCGAGACGGCGCAAGCCAAAGGCCACACGCGCCCCAGGAGCCUGUGUCUCCCCAGGGACCUGUGCAGCUCCGUCCCACCGGACGUUAUCCUCAGCUCUAGGCCACGCCCCAGCCUGCCAGACACGCCCCUUUCCAGGGUGGGGACCGCUGCAGCCAGUAGGACUGAAUCUUCCCUUCCCAGCCAAUCGAAAUACAGCAGUCAUCACAGGUCCUCAUCCAGCUCCAGCACAGUGGAGGUCCCGGCAACUGGGGAGAUGGCAAACACGGACGGCAGCUCUGAAUCCCUGCCCUCCCCCGUACCCUCCUCCUCCCAAAACAGCCCCUCCCAGCUCUCGCCCGAGUUCACAGUUUCCCCCGUCAAACCCCUUCGGCUGAUGUCCCCGUCCAGCGGCUACUCCAGCCUGUCGGACACGCCCACCCCCACCGUGCCCACCUCCGCCAUCCUGGGCCCCUCCCCUCUGGGCUGCAGGCUGCGACCCAAGGUCCCGGAGAGGAAGUCGUCCCUGACGCCGGCGUCGGCGCGAGAGAGGGCCGCCCGCGUGAGGCUGUCCUGCGAGGUGCCCGCCACCUCGCGCCCGGACCCGCCCUCUGGCCGCCCCAAGUCUGCGGGCGCCCGCCGCCACUCCGACUCCUCCGCCGCCGCCACCAUGCUGCUGCCGCAGAAGCUGAGCCCCGGCCUGGUGGCGUUGCCCCUGGUGACCGAGACCGACCUGCGGAGCGUGCGCCUGCGCUCCGUCGGCCUCCCCGAACCCGAGGCCGGCGUGGAGGGCGGCUCCCAGGUCAUCCCGGAGGAGCAGGACCAGGACCGAGUCCACAGCCCCGUCAGAACCCCAAACCCCAAGCCCAAGCCUCCAAUCGCAGCGAAGCCCGCCCUGCCCAAACGACCCCUCAGCCUGGUGCUGAACCCCGCCCCCUUGUCGGAGUCCCCACCUACCUCGCCCAAAGACCAGCCCCGUCCUCAGCCCAAACGGCCCCUGAGCCUGAUGCUGAACCCCGCCCCCUCCUCUGAACCCCCGGCCGCAUCUCCCGCCACAGCCGCGGACUGUGGGCUGCCCCUGGGUAACAUAUACAAAGUGCUGAGGAAGCGGAAGUCCAAAAAGGGUCCAGCCCCUUCCCCGCCCAGCCCUGGGGGGGCCCAAGAGUGCGCCCAGCAGCCGCAAUCACCCGACCCCCAGCAGGAAGCAGAGCGUCCCUCCUCCCCCGGCAACCCAGAGACACGUGGAAAAAGCAGGACGCUGCCCAGCCGGAUUACCAUUUCCUGUCUGGCUGAGCUGGACAGGAAGCAGAACAAGGUACCCCCACCCGUGCCCAGGAAGCCCAGCAUCCUCCUCCUGCCCGUCAACGGCGUCCGCGGCGGCGGCGUCAGCGCGGAGCGACCGGCCAAAGCCGACGGCGCGCUGACCCAGCAGGACCCAGCCCAGGCGGAGAGAGUCCCGGCCGGGGACCGGCCGCAGGUGAAAGCGCCUCUGACUUGCGCCGAGGCAGGAAUAGAACUUUCACAGGAUGGUCCAGAGGAGGACUAUGAUGACGUGUUUGUGAGCAAUUCCGCAUUACACAGCACAGAAGACCUCUUCACCAUAAUUCACAGGUCGAAACGGAAGGUUCUGGGCCGCAAAGAGCCGUUGGACCUGUUCGGCAGCCGGCAGAGCCUGGCGUCGCCGGGGAAGGCAGAGGCGACGGGCGUGGCGCCCAGGUCCAGUGCCCGCAACGACACCUUCAUGGCCAUGCUGCAGAAGAGGAACGGGCGGAACGGGCCGACGGGCCGACCGUCCGCCGCCGAGAUGCUACAGAGCACCAACCCGCUGGCCCGUCGGGCCCCCGACGGCCCGCCACCCUACCCGGAGCCGGCGAGCUGCCACAGACCGCCCCAGCAGCACUGACCCCCCCAUGACCCCACCGGGCCUCUCCUUCCCCCGCGCUCUGUGUGGCCGUGCUUGAUGGUGGUGCUGUGGCCGUCAGCUUCAAUGUUCUCAUGAGGUUUUUUUAAUGUAAAGAUCUUCUGUCUCAAAGAGUGUAUGUUUUCAAAUUGUUUUUACUUUCUUUAAAAAAAAAAGCCUCUUGAUCGUGCUUUUCCUAGCUCUCUGAGUGAGUUGGCUCAGGGUGAGGGGGCAGAACUAACUGGGUCUGUGGUCAGCUUAAAGGGAGGGGGGUCAGCAUCAGCUCAAAUCAGAGAUCGGAACACAGGGUUCCUGAAUCAGGGCAAUGGGCUCCUGAAUCAGAACAGCAGGCUCCUGAAUCAGAGCACUGGCCUCCUGAAUCAGAACAGUGGCCUCCUGAAUCAGAACAAUGGGCUCCUGAAUCAGAACAGUGGGCUCCUGAAUCAGAACAGCAGGCUCCUGAAUCAGAACAGCGGGCUCCUGAAUCAGAACACAGGGCUGCUGAAUCAGAACACAGGGCUCCUGAAUCAGAACAGUGGGCUCCUGAGUCAGAACACAGUGUAGGUGAAUUGGAACACAGCUCCUAAAUUGGAAUUCACAGCAAGCACUGAUACUGGAACACUGACCUGGGUACAGGUGACACACAUUUCAUACAGGGAUACACUGAAGGGAGAUGAAAGCUUUUUUUCAGAUGUUCAAAAGAUCCAGAUCCUGACCAGGAUUUGACUGAAUUUCCCCCACCGCAGUUAUUAAUCAAUAACUUCAUAAAUAAUAAAGGGCAGCUAUAAUUGAAGGAAAACCUUGAAUGGCACUGAUAGGGGAGUGCAGAUGGAUAACUCACAGAGCAGCCCUGCUGUGAUGCAGUGGAGCUCUACACUGUCAUUGGGUGAAUUGACUCAGAAGGAUGUCCCUGACUCUUCUGCUGAAACUCUGCAGGAAGGGGAGGGGCUAUGGUUGGUCUUCACGUGACAGUGAUGCCCUGACAGUCAUGUGACAGCGUUGCCCUGAUGGAAUGUAGUUGUGAUUGUAAUUUGUUCUUAGAUGCUCAGGUGUUUGUUUUUUUUACUCUCAGGUGACCAUAAAAGUUUUAGUGUGUGGACCGAUUCUCUCAGGAUGGUAUCGAGCUGAUCAAUAAAGGACCAGCUUUAUUUCCAGGGGCAGUCGGGUGCUCUGUCCAGUGAAAGCCCUCGUUCUCGAUGCGACGGCCCCCGUAGUCUGAAAUUUAGCGCGUGAUUUAGUGGCCGCCGGUUUACACUGGGCAUUCCUGUCACCCACGCGGGGAAGGUUUCGCUCAGCUCCAGUCAAUACCUACCGGCCCUGUCAGUGGGCUCCGUGCCCACUGUGGGUGAAGGAUGCACCCCUAAUACAAAGACUCCAGCACUCUGAGCCAAAAGGGGGAGUUUGUGCUCUCUCCAGUUGAUGUCAAUCAAAUGAAUAUUGCCAAGCUGGAACUGUACUACAAAUAUAUUUGGAAAUCCAAAUUGCAAGAAAAAACUAAAAUAAGGGUUGUAAAUGAUUUUUUUAAUAUAAUUAUAUUAAAAAUUAUUUUUUAUUCAUCUAGUACCUUUCUCAAAACCAUGGUCACAAAGCACAACAGAGACACUGAGUGAACAGAUAGUCACCCCUCUGUUUUGAACUUUGAUGAAGAGUUAUAUUGCCAUCUCUCUUCGGAUGUUCAUGAAAGUGGCCAUAGACCAAGACUUCAGUGAGACCUCCCGCUAUCCAACGCUACUUCAUAGACACAGCAGUAUGGAGGACAACAAGACUACAGAGCAGAAUAUCUGCUUAGUACUGUAAAUAGAAUAUCUUUGACAGGAACCUAAGACCUGGGCAUGUCCUUCAGCACGUGGGAAGUAUGUUCAGGGGUAUGGAACCCCCUGACCCGGUGUGUGAAAGGGACUCACUGUACUCUUCUGCCCUCAGUUCCAAAAUCAAAUGCCCCGGUGCUGCAGAGUCUGCCUCUGCCCACGGACUCUCCCUCCAGAGGCGUGUUCAACACACGCGUACAACACACGUGUGCAACACGCGUGUACUCUCUCUCCAGAGGACUGCUCUCCAGCCUCCACUCUGGAACUUAUAAUAUCCUAAUAUGAAGUUUUUUUUUUUUUACAAGUAGCCCAACAGCUCAUAUUCAUAUAUUCAGAAUUAGAAGCUGAGUCAAAGUAUAGUACGUGAAGCAGUGUGUGGCUUUUGCUCAAAAUAUUUAGCAAAUUAAACUAAAAGCAGUGUUUGUUUGCCUUGUAACUCUGGUUUAUAAUGCCUGAAUAUUCUACUUCCUUAGGAGUUGUUGGUGGGUGUUUUACUGUUAAUAUUGAUUUUAUACUGUUCAGACCAUAUCUGCUCUCCUGUUAACCAUGGCCUUUUCUGAGGCCCCUGCAGAGAUGUUUGUGUAGGUACAGCUUUAUGGAUGGAACAGACACAGGGAGGAGCAGCCCCAUUAUACCCAGUAUCUAGGGUCUGUUUCCUGGGUUCAGGCUAUUCUUGUUGAAGGAAACAUGUUGGCAUUUUGUUCAAAAGCCUUUAAUAUACUGGCAAACGUUUGGGAGAAGUUGAGAAGAUAGCAAGACUACACAUUCGUAUCUUGUUAUUGUUAAUUGUUAAUGAUAAAGUUAAUGAUAAACAGUAGUCUGUUUUAGAGGGUACAGCUUACAGGAGUCUGUUUUAGAGGGUGUAGGUCACAGUCAAGGACCACUGGCAUCUGUUUUAGAGGGUGCCAUGUGCAAGAAGACUAAAAAAAAUUGUAAAUGGGGAAAUACAACCAGAGAUGAGUUUACACAGAAUGUUAAAGUUAAGCAGACAGGCCAGAGAAUUCAAAGCCCAACACAGCUCACAACCUAUAAGGAGCUAUUGUAUGUCUUGCCGAUGUAAUGAAAUUAUGUCGUUAAAAUAAAUUAUUUUUCCUGCUUAA